AUGGUACAAACAUUCCUUCCUCAGUCCACAGACUGCCAGGAGCUUAGCCCACGCUUGCAGGCAGAAGCGUCUCUAAUAGAGAAAAUAAAUUCAUUGAAACAACAAAACGAAAAAAGAAGACUUGAGGCAGAAAAGCUCAAGCAACGGGCACAUCUAGUGUCCCUCGAGACCCACGUUUUGCAAAAGGUUCUCUUGUCGAUACUGCAAGAGAAACGGCCCUGCGGAGAUCAGCCGCAUAAGCAACACGGGCAAGGUGAUUCCGGACUACCCCAUUCCAGGCUGGGAGAACGGUGUUCCGUGGUGGCAACCACUGGCCUUUCGCUGGAGAGAAGGCACAACAUGGUUGCGUCGGCUGUUGCAGCCUCAGCAGCCGAAAUAGCUAACAUAAAGGCAGAACUAUCAAGGGCUAAGAGACUACUGAAGGAGACGCUGAAAAGCGGAGACCUGCAAGCUGCAGAGGUGCGGCGCGAUGCCCUUGAAUUUCGGCGGGACGUUAUUGUAGGGGCAGAAGACCCUCUGUCAGGCCUCACAUUGGGCGAGGCGCUUCUGAGGUGGCUGGAGAUGCGCAUUAGAAAGCGAGAUGCUCAAGAAGAAAAGCUCAAGGCGAAGUUACGGGCAGCGAAACAAAGUGCUCUCAAACAGGCUGCAGCAGCCAAACGGCCCGGAUCUGGCGCAAAUGACCUCCAGUACAUUGACAUGCAUCAAUUAGAAAUAGAAAACGAGCAAUUCGCAGGAAAGGUUGAGGCGUCAAAGACAGAUGUUGCGAUAAAAAAGAGGAAAUGUGCAAGUAUCCUCCAGGCUCAGACUGUGCUCAAGGAACAGCUCGCGCGGAGCUUGGCAGAAGGUGCCAAUCUCGCAGCUGGUCUCACCAGCCGACGCGCUGCGCUGGAGCGCACGAAACGCGAAGCGGAACAGAUUUCCAAGGAAACAGACGCAGUAAAAAAUGAAAACAAAAGGCUGCUCGUGCAAUCCCGCAAUAGCAAUCACAUCCCUCAAGUAAUGGACCUCGUGCGGCAGAAGGCCGCAUUGCUGGAGAAGUCGCGGCAGCUACAGUCCUGGAGGCGCAAAGUUGAGGUGGUUGAGCUGGAGGCGCGCACAGUUCGUGAAGACCUAAAGAUUCAGGCUUCUCGCCGAGCGGCGGCUGGUGGCAUUUCUUCAUAG